ACGUGACCCGCCCGACGCUCGCUGGUGGAGUAUUUCCGCCAAGAUGGUUGUCGGUGCCUUCCCCAUCGCCAAGCUCCUCUACCUCGGAGUGAGGCAGAUGAGCAAGCCGGUAGCGAACCGGAUAAAGGCCGGAGCCCGGAGGAGCGAGUUCUUUAAGACCUACAUCUGUCUGCCCCCUGCGCAGAUUUACCACUGGAUUGAGAUGAGAACAAAGAUGCGGAUCAUGGGCUUUCGGGGUGCCACCAUAAAGCCCCUGAAUGAGGACUCGGCUGCAGAGCUGGGUGCAGAGCUGCUGGGAGAGGCAAUCAUCUUCCUCAUCGGCGGUGGAUGCAUGGUGCUGGAGUACAGCAGGCAGGCUGCAAACUCUCGCCGUAAAGAAGACGAGCUAAACGAGACCAUCAAUAGCCUACAGACUCAGCUGGCUGAGCUGUCAAUAACAACAGAGACUCUAGAUGCUCAGCUGAGAGAGAUCAACAGGCAGUUGGUGUCAUUUCCUGUUGCCUCCAAAAAGUGAUUAAAUCAGGUGUUUGUUGGUCUGGGUGUGAAAGAUCAUAGUACUGCCACAUGUACAGCCUGGUAACGAUCCUGCUUCACACUCCGUCUCCGGCCCUUUGAGCCUGGUGAAAGAGGUGGAAAUAUUGCAUUUCAGUGCGCUGUGGAUUUGGAUGCUAUUAUUUGCUCAUUUUUUGAGCAACUAGUUGAAAAAAAAGAAGAGAUUGCUAUGAUAUUCAUAGUGCAUUUCUAUGGUUGAUCUUGCAUGUUCAUUGUAAAGUUGACUGUCUAUAAAGAUUUACAAUAAAAUGCAAUGGCAUCCUUGAAGUUAAUAUAUUUUGUAACAGCGCCAGCAUAUUCAUUUUUAUUUCAAUGAGCCUCAAUAACCUUAAUCAUUUAGGAAUCUUUGAUCAGGCUUUAUUUCAUGCUUGGAUUGCGAAUGACUCAAGAUUAUAUAUUAAUAAUGUGCAAAAAUGAGCAACAUUUUGUGCACUUGAUUGAAGGCCAACAAAAAGAAAUCAAAAGCAAACAUUGGGACAUAUUACUGGAUUAUUUUUAGGAGUGUGAGACUCUGCCCCUACAGUUUAAUGGAUGUGUCAUGUUGUAUUUAA